AUGACUUCCCGUGACGGAUUCCAAUGGACGCCUGAAACUGGGCUUGCACAAGGUGUGCCUUCAAUUGGUGUCAUCUCGCCCCCUACAAAUAUCUCGUCUUCGCCGCAAAAGUAUGAUGUUAUCGUUGUCGGCGGCGGAUAUUCUGGUCUCACGGCCACUCGUGACUUGACCCUUGCCGGCCUUCGCGUUCUUCUGGUUGAGGCUCGUGAUCGGAUUGGUGGACGUUCUUGGUCCUCCAACAUUGGCGACUAUCCGUUUGAGAUGGGUGGAACUUGGGUCCACUGGGGUCAGCCUCACGUUUGGCGCGAGAUCUCGCGAUACAACAUGCGGACCGAGCUGGAAGAAUCUUUUGAUUUCUCGCGUGGAGUAAAUCACUUCCAGUUGCGCACAAACCAGGGUACUUCAGUAAUGAGCCACGAAGAAGAGGACACUAUACUUGCUGCUGGCCUCGAGAAGUUUGUCAAUGUCGAUGGUGACAUGGGUAGAAAAGUCAUUCCUUACGCCCACGACGCGUUCCAUGUCCCCGAGGCUCGCCGUUAUGAUGAAAUGUCCGCGCAGGACCGGAUUGAUGCUAUUGCUCUGUCUCUUACUCCCAACGAACGUGCAUCUCUUGAGAGCUUUGUCCUUCUUUGCAGCUGUGGGACAUUGGAAACGACCAGCUUCUUUGAAUUCCUUCAUUGGUGGGCACUAUGCGGGUACUCCUACCGUGGCUGCAUGGAUUAUUUGAUAUCAUACAAAUUCAAGGGAGGUCAAUCGAGUUUUGCAAUCAAAUUCUUCAAAGAGGCACUAGCCACCGGAAGACUCUCAUAUGUAUUCAACACACCUGUCAGCUCAAUCAGCGAUCAAGGUGAUCAAGUCACUCUUACCACUCGUGAUGGGCGCCAGUUUUCCGGCACUCGUCUGGUCUCUACAAUUCCUCUCAACGUCCUCAACUCCGUGUCCUUCAAUCCUCCUCUCGAUACUCAACGAGCGACAGCCACAAACAUCGGUCAUGUCAACCAAUGUGUGAAGGUUCACGCUGAGAUUUCGAACAAGGACAUGCGUUCAUGGACUGGAAUCUCUUAUCCCUUUAACAAGCUCAUAUAUGCCAUUGGUGAUGGAACCACUCCCUCAGGAAACACCCACGUCGUUUGUUUCGGCGGCUCUAGCAACCACAUCCAUCCCGAGGAAGAUAUCAACGAAACCAAAAAGGCCGUGGAGAGCAUGGCUCCGGGAAACAUGGAUAUCAAGCGACUGGUAUUCCAUAAUUGGAGCAAAGAUGAGUUUGCCAAGGGCGCCUGGUUUUUCUCGCCUCCUCAACUUUUGUCCACUUCAUUGGAUGCGAUGCGGGCUCGACAUGGGAACGUAGUCUUUGCAAACUCUGAUUGGGCUGUUGGUUGGCGAAGCUUCAUUGACGGUGCUAUUGAAGAGGGUACACGGGCGGCUAUGACGGUGAAGGAGGAGCUUCUACCUGCUCCUGCCCUGCGUUCUUCUUUAUAA